UUCACGCAUUCUUGUCCUUUUUUGCUCGUCAAGAUGUCUGCGGAGAAGACACUUCGCGAUCCCCAGGCCAAGGAUGAUGGCCUGCAGGUGCAGGCCGUGGACACGUUCGAGUCCGAUCCUUCGGCUGAAGUCGCACAGAAACGGCAGAGUCUGUCGGAUUACUUGACGAUUCUCGCUAGUGGAUUCGCCCUCAUUAGCGAUGGAUACCAGAACAACCUCAUGACAAUGGCCAAUGUUCUCCUCAAGAAGGAAUACCCUAAGCAGUACACCUCGAUCGUUUCCACCCGCGUAUCCAACGCCCUGCUUGUGGGAGAGGUGAUCGGUCAGAUCGUGGUCGGUCUUACCUGCGACUACAUGGGCCGUAAAGCCGCCAUGGUCUUCACCACAUUGAUGAUCGUCUUCGGAGGCAUUCUGGCCACCGCCGCGCACGGCGCCACCAUCAGCGGCAUGUUCUGGAUGCUGACGGUGUCUCGAGGAAUCAUCGGUUUCGGAACCGGUGGUGAAUAUCCCGCGUCGUCGGUAUCUGCGUCCGAAACAGCCAACGACUUGGCCCUGAAGAAGCGUGGUCCCGCCUUCAUCAUGGUGACCAACUUCCCUCUGUCAUUCGGUGGUCCGUUCGCCGUACUGGUCUUCUUGAUCGUAUUCUCCGCCUGUGGACAAGCCCACUACAGCACCGUAUGGCGCGUGUGCUUCGGUAUCGGCUGCAUCUGGCCGCUAUCCGUGUUCUACUUCCGGUGGCGCAUGCUGAACUCGGCCCUCUACCGCCGAGGUGCCAUGAAAAAGCAGGUCCCAUACGGUCUAGUCAUCCGCUACUACUGGAAGUCUCUCAUCGGGACCUGCGGUGCCUGGUUCCUAUACGACUUUGUCACCUUCCCCAACGGCGUCUUCUCCGGAACGAUCAUCGACUCCGUCGUCAAAGACAGCUCGAUCCUCAAAACCGGCGAAUGGCAACUACUUCUCGGGGCGAUCUCCCUACCGGGCGUGUUCCUGGGCGCGCUCCUGUGCAACAAGCUCGGCCGGAAGAACGUCAUGAUGAUUGGCUUCAGCGGCUACCUGAUCUUCGGGCUGAUCAUCGGCUGCGCCUACGAGCGCAUCACCAAGAUCAUCCCCCUGUUCGUGGUCUUCUACGGCCUGAUGCAGAGCUCCGGCAACUUCGGCCCCGGGAACAUGCUGGGUCUGCUGUCGUCGGAGCUGUACGCGACCGGCGUGCGAGGCACCUGCUACGGGCUUUCUGCGGCGGUGGGGAAGGCCGGGGCCGCGAUCGGCACGCAGGCGUUCACCCCCAUCGAGGACAAUCUGGGCAAGAACUGGACGUUUAUUAUUGCCGCGAUCUGUGGGGUCGUGGGCAUUGCGGUCACGUAUUUCUUUGUGCCGGAUAUUUCGGGCGAGGAUCUCAGGGUUAGGGAUGAGGAGUUCCGCAGGUAUCUUGUCUCGAGGGGGUGGGAGGGCGAUAUGGGUGAGGAUGAGUUGAGGGCUGCGGCGGGAGAGGGCAUUUCGUCUGCGAUUGGGGAGAAGUAG